GUCGCAGCACUGACGCGGCCCACAAUCCAGCGCGCGAGCAGAGGUAACAUGGCGCGUCCGCUCAGCGUCUCGAGCAGGGCCGAAAACAACAACAACAACAACAACAACAACAACAACAUCAUCAUCAGCGCCGGGAUUCAUGGCGUUUAACGCGACUCGUCGCCGCUCCGCGUGAUCGCUCUCAGCAUGUGCUGUUGAUCUGCUGCACGUUAGUAAUCUAGAAACCUUCAAUCCAGAGCCCUUAGGGCUUUUCUUCUGUCUCGUCCAGAGAGCAGUGGCAUGGAGGACCCCAAGAGCCCCAUGAAGGUGGUCAACGCGUCCCGCUCAAGCGGCGGAAAGAUGCCGUCCUCCAAAGUCCCAAGCCGAAGCAAGGAUGCCAUCCCCAGGGUGAAAGAGGAGAUCCAGGGCAGCCCCAGCGCUUUCAGGACCCGCACCGGCAGCCCUCAGCAGCCGGGGAAGGGCAAAGCCCGCAGACUAACGGGCAGAACUAACUCUGGCGAGAGAGGGAAAGGGAAGCCCCAGCCGAGUGAAAGCCGUCAGCAAAACCAGGAGAACAAAACCCCGGCUCGAAACAGUGGACCGAUCAAGGAUGGAGGAGCAGCGCCGCUGACUAACACAACAGAAGAGAUCUCUACACACAACAACACCAUCACUGCUAAAGACAAGACACCUGGUGUGGAGGCGGGCUUACAGAGAGGUGAGGUCACAGCAGAGGAUGUGGAGCUUGGAGACCUGACCUCUGACCAGCAGCUGGGACUCAAACAAGCAGAGGAGAGACUUCAGAGGGACUACAUCCACCGGCUGAUGAAGCCGUCACCAGAGUACCCGAAUUUCCAGUAUCUAUGCAAACUGUGUUCAGUCCACGUGGAGAACAUCCAGGGUGCUCACAAGCACAUUAAAGAGAAACGUCACAAGAAGAACAUCAUGGACAAGCAGGAGGAGAACGAGUUGCGAUCGCUGCCAGCUCCCUCUCCGGCCCAGUUGAGGGCGCUAGACUCGGCCGUGCUGGAAGCGGCAGAAGUGCAUGGCAUCUCAGAGGAAGACUUCGCGCUAAGGCAAGCCGUGGUGCUCCGGAUGGAGGGGAUUAUACGCAAACAACUCACAGCUUGCUCUCUCCGUCUGUACGGCUCCUGUCUCACCCGCUUCGCCUUCAAAACGAGUGACGUCAACAUCGACGUCUCUUAUCCCUCCUCUAUGACUCAGCCUGAUGUGCUGAUCCAGGUGCUGGAGAUCCUCAAGAACAGCAUGGAGUUUGCUGAGGUGGAGUCAGAUUUUCAUGCCAAAGUCCCCGUUGUUUUCUGCAGAGAUGUGGCCAGUGGGUUAAUGUGCAAAGUGAGUGCAGGAAAUGAUGUCGCGUGCCUCACCACCAAUCACCUUGCAGCUCUGGCCAGACUGGAGCCAAGGCUCGUGCCUUUGGUUCUGGCCUUUCGUCACUGGGCCAACCUGUGCCACAUCGACUGUCAGACGGAGGGAGGAAUCCCGUCCUACUCGUUGUCUCUGAUGGUCAUAUUCUUCCUGCAACAGAGAGCCGAGCCCAUCCUGCCCGUUUAUCUAGGACACUGGAUAAAGGGCUUUGAAGAGAAGCGCGUGGAUGAGUUUCACCUGACGGGGAUCGUGUCGGACUCGUUCGUGGGUUGGGAGCACAGACCCGCUCCAGCAGGUGAGGGCCGCGGGGACGGCAAAGCCAAACCUGAACCCAAAACUCAGACUGAGAAGAAAGAGAAGAAGGCCCAACACGCUAAGGGCAAGACUCGUCUGACGCUGGAGGAGCCUGUGAGCGUGUCUCUCGGUCAGCUGUGGCUCGAGCUCCUGCGCUUUUACACGCUGGAGUUUGCGCUCGAGGAGCACAUCAUCAGCAUCCGUCUGAAAGAGCUGCUGCCGCGGGAGCUGAAGAACUGGCCUCGCCGCAGACUCGCCAUCGAGGAUCCGUUUGCGUUGAAGAGGAAUGUGGCUCGCAGUCUGAACAGUCAGAUGGUGUUCGAGUACAUCCAGGAGCGUUUCCGCACGGCCUACAAGUAUUUCGCCUGUCCGCAGAGCAGGAACGGAGCAAACGCCCGCCGUGGCUUUCUGAGAAAGAGACUCAGACGUUCUCGCAUGGCACGAUCCCGCAGCCUGGACCGAAAGAAGAGCGGCGAGGGAGACGCAGACAGCAGUGAUGAUGAAGAUGAGGAAGAAGAGAGCCUGAGAGCAGGGUUCAGCGAACUCCUGUUGAGCGACGGUGGGAUGGACGCCGGAUCUGAGGACGUUUCCCAGGAUCACUCCACAGCCGCAUCUCCCUCCGCCCUCAACGGCCUGAGGAUGGACAGCGAUGAGGAGGAGGAUGAAGAGCAAGACAUGGAGAAACGGGACAGUAUCGCACCAGAAGAUCUGCACUAUGUCUUUGACAGGAUGAUCUUCACUGGAGGAAAGCCUCCAACGGUCGUGUGCAGCAUCUGUAAGCGAGACGGCCACCUCAAAGACGAGUGUCCUGAAGACUUCAAGAAGGUCGAGCUGAAACCUCUGCCGCACAUGACCAUACGCUUCAGAGAAAUCCUGGACGGACUUUGCAUGCUGUGUUACCGUGAGUUAUCGCCGUCUCUCAUCGAGCAGCAGAAGAGGGAGCAGAUUCUGGGAAGUCUGGAGCGCUUCAUUAGAAAAGAGUACAACGAUAAGGCCCAGCUCUGUCUGUUUGGCUCUUCUAAGAAUGGCUUUGGCUUUCGUGACAGUGACCUGGACAUCUGUAUGACACUGGAGGGUCACGACACCGCUGAGAAGCUGAACUGUAAGGAGAUCAUCGAGGGUUUAGCCAAGGUGCUGAAAAAGCACACAGGUUUAAGGAAUAUCUUGCCUAUCACAACUGCUAAAGUGCCUAUAGUGAAGUUUGAACACAGACAGAGCGGACUGGAGGGAGACAUCAGCCUCUACAACACACUGGCCCAACACAACACCCGGAUGCUGGCCACAUAUGCUGCUUUAGACCCUCGUGUGCAGUUUCUGGGCUACGCUAUGAAAGUAUUUGCCAAGCGCUGUGAUAUUGGUGACGCCUCCAGAGGAAGUCUGUCCUCCUAUGCUUACAUCCUCAUGGUGUUGUAUUUCUUACAACAGAGAGAACCACCAGUUGUCCCUGUGUUACAAGAGAUAUUCGAUGGGAACGCUGUUCCUCAGAGGAUGGUCGACGGCUGGAACGCUUUCUUCUUUGAUGACCUUGAUGAGCUUCGGCGGCGUCUGCCGGAGCUCCAUCAGAAUAAGGAGACCGUCGGGGAGCUUUGGCUCGGCCUGCUGCGCUUCUACACAGAAGAGUUUGAUUUUAAAGAGCAUGUCAUCUCCAUCCGCCAGCACAAACGCCUCACCACCUUUGAGAAACAGUGGACGUCCAAAUGCAUCGCAAUCGAAGAUCCCUUUGACUUGAAUCACAAUCUUGGAGCUGGUGUUUCGCGCAAAAUGACUAACUUCAUCAUGAAGGCCUUCAUCAAUGGCAGGAAGCUGUUUGGCACCCCAUUUUACCCUCACCCUGGAACAGAGGCCGAUUACUUCUUUGACUCUAAGGUGCUGACUGACGGUGAACUGGCUCCUAAUGACCGCUGCUGUCGGAUCUGUGGGAAGAUCGGACACUAUAUGAAGGACUGUCCAAAGAGGCGCAGAAUGAAAAAAAAGGAGAACGAGCGCGAGGAGGAGGUUAGGGAGGAGGACAGAGAGCCCAGAGAGAGACGAUGCUUUCAGUGUGGUGAUAUUGGUCAUGUGAGGAGAGACUGUCCCGAAUACAAACACCUCCGUCAGAGAGCAGUGUCUGGACCAGUGCCUCACAUGGUCCGGGCCAUGGCCAGCUCUCAGUCCAUCCCCAUUCCUCAAGGUGCUUCAGUCCAGGAUCGGGGAGGACGAAACAGACAGCCCUCUGAAUGUUCUGAUACUCGUCAGACUCCUCCGUACUCCCCUCAGAUGUCCGUCUCUCCGCAGAACAGCAAGCCUUCCUCUACAUCCUCUACCUCUAAACCCUCCCAAUCGCAGCAGCAGCAGGUUCCCCAGGUCCAGCUGCCUAUUUUCAGCUUCCCCCAUUCCCACCCGGGGCCGUUUCACACCGGGCUGUCCGCGCUGGGCCUUCUACCCGCCCACCCCCAGCAGACACCCCUCACCUCUGCCUCCUGGCCCAUCCACGGCCCUCUCAUCCAGGGCUCUGGAGCCUCCACCGCCCCUGGACACCCGUCCUCUCCGGCUCUUAAGUUUGCAGUCCGGGGCAGUGGAGGCGAGAAUGGAGGCGGGCUAGCGGUGAGCCCCGCCCCCAUGAACCUGAACGACCCCAGCAUCAUAUUCGCUCAGCCGUCGACGGGACGGGUGGCUGGUGGAGUGGGCGGCGGCCCGGCCAGAGAAACGGUGCACCCCUGGCACAAUCACAAUCUCAACCCGGGGCCACUAGUGGGGAACGGCACAGUAAACAAAACAGAUCCUAAUUUCCCGUCUCAGUUCGGCGGUGUGACUCAGGGCUCUCGGUCCUGGGAGCACAGCAGUGCUGCUCCGUUUCCGCUGUCUCCAUCCUUCAUGCCCUACCGUCUGCCACCCUACCUGCAGCAGCCCAACAAACCCUUCAUCUCUCAAGGUUCUCUGGUGGCAAAUCAACAUUACCCGCUUAUUCAACAUGGCAGGCACGGCAAUCUCAACUACAUUCAGCAGAAGAAAUGAAGAAAUGACACUUUACUUUGUAAACAAAUGCCCAAGGUCCUUAAAGAGAAAGAGACUGACUUGGCAUCAUUUGGUGAUUUGGAAACUUUUUAAAAUGAAUUUUAUCUUUUUUGUACAGUUUUUAUGUCUUAUUUUCCUUUUAUUUCUGUGUGUAUCAUCACAUUGACUUGUGAUACAAAAUGUCAAAUAUUUUAUUACCCCUAUUUUUGGAGGGGUCCAAAAAAGUGUUUUUAUUUUAUGUGUAAUAUAAGGAUUUAAAACGUAUUCACUAUUUUUAUUAGCUGUAUUCCUAUUUUGCUUGCAUAAGGAAAAUGCUUUAGAUAGGAAAAUCAGACAUAACAACCAAAUAAGAAAAUUAUGUAGUGCCAAAAACUUCCCGAUAGCAAACCAAGAAAACUGACAAAAAAAAACAGCAAAAAAAAAUAAGAAAAGACCAAAAAAAUAAAGAAAAAGCAAACCAA